AUGGAUGAGAAAGAGCAGGUGGCCAAACUGGGCCUCCGGACGGGCGUCGGCCUGCCGCUCACCUUUGACGGCGGCUUGGCCCGAGCGCAGCAGCGUUGCGGCCAGCAGCAGCAGCAGCAUCUUCGGGAGCGGGAAGCAGGCGCCGCGACGCCGGCUGAGGGGCCCGCCAGCGGCGCCGGCGGGCCCUGGGCGGCGCUCCUCGGCCGCCGUACCGUCCGUGGCCGCCGCGCGGUGGUCGCGCCCGCGAGCACUCGUCGCGCCGCGUCACCUCACGUCACGUCGCGCCGCGUCCCUGCUGGCGCCGCGGCGGGUGCGCACCGUGGGUCUGCACGCGGCUCGCGGCUCGCGGACCGUAGCGCUACUGGCGUCCCGGGCCGGCGAGUGUCUGCGACGCUCCGCCAGCCGGCCGGCCGCCGAGGCGGGCAGCCGCCGUGGCCGGCGCCGCGCAUGCGCCGUGGCGCGCGGCGCCCGCAGCCGGCGCGACGCCGCCGCCUCCAGUGCGGCCGUGGGCCCGGCCGGCGUCUGGACGCAGCCUCCCGGCAGACGCCUCUGCCUCCACAGGAACCCUGCGUGGUGUAA